AUUGUACUGGGAGGCAGCAGAUCCCCAGACGUGCUCCAGGCCUACGGAUAUACAGCAGCAGUGGAAGCACACUGGUGCUGAAGAGAAUUAUUUUCCCCUCUUUCUGGAACCCCCUGGAUGCAGCUUUCACCUCUGAAAAUGGUUAUCAGAGUAGCAAGCCUGAUCCUCCUCCUGGUGGCCUUGACGGCUGCCCACGGUGAGAGAUAUGUGGUGAAGAAGGUGAUGAAGGCCCCUCAGUACCAGCCCUACUCUGUCAAGAGCCACGUGGUGUCCGUGGCUGGUGAGCCUGGUGCCCCAGGUGAGCCUGGACCAGAAGGCCCUGCUGGCCCACCUGGCCCCGCAGGUGAGGACGCAGUUGGCAUGCCUGGACCCGUUGGACCCUCUGGACCCCCUGGACCUGCUGGCCUCACUGUACCUGGGAAACCUGGUUCUCCCGGUGGGCCGGGCAAACCUGGUGCCUCUGGAGCCAAUGGAGAGAAAGGUGAUACAGGAGCUCCCGGUGCUCAGGGACCCAGGGGAAUGCCUGGACCCUCUGGAAGCCCCGGACCCGCCGGCCUCUCCUCCACAGGCAAGCCUGGGCCUCACGGUCUUCCAGGAGCAAAUGGACAAAGGGGGGAGACAGGUCUGAAAGGACAUCCAGGUGUGCCUGGUCUGCCAGGGGCUAAAGGAGAUCCAGGUGUGGGCAUUGCUGGGGCACAGGGAGCGACAGGACCCACAGGACCCAUGGGUCCAUCCGGAGAGCCAGGUCAGCCAGGAGUUGGGAAGCCAGGAAGGGCAGGUGUGCCAGGUGAGCCAGGCAAGUCAGGUAGCCCAGGUGUUGAUGGUGCACCAGGUGCCACGGGACCCAUGGGCUCUAAGGGUCACCCUGGCGCCCCAGGUGUUGGUGUGUCAGGUAAACCAGGUGAGAAUGGAGCCCCAGGCCUGCCUGGCGCAGUCGGCCCUAAGGGUCAUCAGGGAGCUACGGGCGCAACUGGUGCCCCCGGCAUAGCUGGAUACGGCAAGCCAGGUGCUCCAGGAGUGAAAGGAGAUAGAGGAGCAACAGGUAGCCCAGGUGCUACAGGUGUGAAGGGAGAGUCAGGUGCGAUGGGACACACUGGGGCCACAGGUGCUACUGGAGCCAGCGGUCCCGUUGGGGCUCAGGGUGUUAGAGGUUUCACAGGUGAUUCUGGCCCCAUGGGUCCUAAAGGUGACACAGGUGCAGGGGGACCCCAGGGACCCAAGGGAUACAAGGGAGAUCAGGGAGCACAGGGCUUCCCAGGCAAGCAGGGUUAUCCAGGGGCAACAGGCCCAGCUGGCCCCGGGGGAGCCACCGGAGCUCCAGGCAACAAGGGAGACACUGGACACACAGGGGCCACUGGGGCCCCAGGUGUCUCAGGACCCGCCGGGCCUAAAGGCCUUCCCGGGCAUGCAGGUGAACCAGGUGCUGCUGGACUCGAUGGAGCCCCAGGUCCCAGAGGACCUGCUGGGGCUUCCGGUGCCGUUGGUGCACCUGGCCUUAAGGGACACCCAGGUCUCCCUGGAGCACCUGGCCCAGCUGGUCUGGCCGCCAAGGGCAUCCCCGGACCACAGGGUCCCCCUGGUCUGCCUGGUGCUGAUGGUCGGGAUGGUGCUAUGGGCCCUGCUGGACCCCCAGGCCCACCUGGUGCCCCUGGUGAGAUGGUCUUUGAGAAGAGCAUGGGCAUGGGUGAGGUCCUUGUCCCAGCUCUGGUCAAAACCCCCAUGUCUGCUUUCACUGUCUCUCUGGCCACCCCCUACCCUGCGUCUGGAACCCCCAUUAAGUUUGACCAAGUAGUGUACAAUGCAGAGGCCCACUAUGACACCGAGACCGGCCUGUUCACUUGCCAGGUCCCCGGGAUCUAUUACUUCUCCUACACCAUCCACGUGAACGGAGCUCACGCUCUGGUGGCCCUGUACAAGAACGGCCAGCCUGUCAUGUUCAGCUAUGAUGAGUACAACAAGGGCUUCCUGGACCAGAUGUCCGGCAGCGCCGUCCUCCUUCUGGAUGAGCAGGACACAGUCUACCUGCAGAUCCCCGACGAUGAGGCCAAUGGCGUCUUCGCCGCUGAGAAUGUUCACUGCUCUUUCUCUGGGUUCCUUAUUGCUUCAACGUGAUACGGUGUUAGCCCAAGCCACACAACUCAAUCUGCGAGCUAUUUCUCAAACAAGUAAACUCCCUGUUAUUUUUCCUCAGCCAAACAGCCAAGACAGGUAGUUCACUCUCUUAUUUGAGGAAUAGAAGCAUCUCGACUUGAAAAAUCCAAGAAAUGGGUGCUAAGAGGAAGGAAAUAAUUUAUGCAAACAGGUUAUCAGGGACAGGGAGGUUAUCAGCAAAAUGAUUCCAAGUUUUCUCUUUUGGAAACAGCAUGUGAAACUGAGGUGUUAUGUUGUGUCCUGAAAAUUUCUCCUUCUUUUUUUAUUGAUUACAGUCAGUGAUUCUUUUUUUAUGUAUGUCUGUCUGUUUUUUGUACAACCUUGUUCUUUGGUGACCAAUAAUCUUAUUAAAGUACAUGAUGACUUUCUGUGCA